CACUCGGCUAGUUUGGUCUAUUCAAAAUGGCGAACCUCAUGUAGGGGUCGAGUGCGAUUACUUGUCCUAUUUCCAUCUGUUUUGGAGUUUUGUCCUCUACCUUCUCAGCCUCUCCCGUGAGCCAUGUUCGCAAACAUGGCUCUGCGGACCGUCCUGAAAACCUCCGCGGGGGUUCUACGAGAGCUGUGUCCCGCCGCGGCGGUGAGACCGUGGACACGCAGCUCGGCUACGCUGACGGGACCGAGGGUCAGCUGCGUUGCAGGAACCUUUGGUGUUCCACCACCAGUGAGACAUUAUGCUCGGAGUGCAAAGAAAACGAAGAAGGUUCCUCAGAGCCAACUCAGCGAUCUUCCUCCAACAAUGUUGAGGAUGGAUUAUUCAGCCGUACCUCUCGUUCAAACGACUGACGAUAUUGUCAAAAGACUUGUUUCACUGGAGCUGGCUUGUCAUAGUGACAAGCUACAACUGAAGAAGGAGCAGCUGAUUGCAAAAGUCCAGAGGGAUGAGAACGACCGCAGCUCAGUGGAAGUUCACGUGGCUAUUUUGACAGCAAGAAUCCGAAACUACCAGGAGCAUGUUCAAAAACAUCCCAAGGACAAAGCGAACAAGAGGCGGAUGCUAAUGGCCAUCGACCGAAGGAAAAAGCUUUUGAAACACCUAAGGCUGGUUCGCUAUGAUGCCUUUGAGAAAGUGUGUGAGCAGCUGGGCAUCACCUACACCUUCCCCCCAGAGUACUAUAGACGUGUUACCCGGCGCUGGCUGGCCAAGAAGGCCCUGUGCAUCAAGGUCUUCAAAGAAGUGCAGAAGCAGAAAGCAGAGCAGCGACUGAAGCAGAAGCAACGCUCAGCCUCCACUGCAGCAGAGGCAGCCAAGACAAAAGCCACAGCCCAAUGAAAUGCAUCAAACUGUAGAUUAAAAUGCUUGUCUUGACCAACAUCUUUACUUUUACACCUUAAGUUAAGGUAAUAUGGCAUGUGGAUAACAGGCUUCCUUCUUCUCUGUGUUCACAUGUUAUCAUCAUAACCUAAUUUGCUAAUUUCUUCAGGUUGACGUCAGAAUUGUCUGAAAGGUCAGAAAAAAUGGAAUAAAGUGACAGACAGUGAUAUUUAAA